CUCUCAUUAUUCUUAUCACAAUAUUUGUCGGCCUACCAUAUGGAGAUUUGGAAGAGUUGGGUAUUGACUCGCUUUUAUUUAGUGUGAAUUUAACCUGAACAUACACGUGUAUUUUGUAAGCAAUGCCUAAGAAGGGUAUAAUAGAACUACAUUAGAGGUACGCUAUUUUCAAUCCUAAGAUAAUAUAUGAUGGCUCAAGCAGUUCAUUCUUCUGUGGUAUUAUCUUUGGACAAUGAAGUUCUUAGAUCACUUCUUGUCAACAGCUCUGUUCUUGUUCUAAAGAUGCUGUUCAUGUCCAAUUUAACUGGUUUAAAGAGACUUAAGUAUAAGGCAUUUAAUAAUGAAGAAGAUGCUAAACCACGACAUGUCAAGCCACAAGUAAAUGAAAAUGUGGAGAGAGUUCGAAGAGCUCACUUGAACGACGUUGAAAACAUUCCACUAUUCUUUGUAAUUGGUUCGAUUUAUACUUUAACCAAUCCAACAGUGUAUUUCGCAAAAUCUUUAUUUUUGGCAUAUACACUGGCAAGAGUCGGACACACUAUUGUAUAUGCUUUUGCUCCGAUUCCUCAACCAGCAAGAUUACUGUGUUGGAUGGUUGGAUACGGAAUAACUGGAUAUAUGGCCGUUGUCAGUUUGCUUAACUUUAUAUAAGCAAUCAUUUUUAGUAAUUUUGUGAUAAAAAAUUUCUUUAAAAGACAUAUUUUUAUAGUUUUGUAAAUAAAGAAAUUGGUUUUAUUUUU